UCCACAAAACACUGCGGCAUCAGUUUUAAAAAAGAAAAGAGAAAUACUUUCCCGUUUGGAUCACAUGAAAACCUGAGCUCUCUCUCUCUUUCUUUCUUUUCCUUUCCCUUUCUCUUGUAGUUUCUACUUCUUCUUGGGGCUCGUUUGUUUGGUUCUUUUAGAGAAAGUAGGAAAAGAAAAGAUUGUGUCUUUUAGAUUUUCAGGGGAAAUUUAAAAAAAAAAUGGGAAGAGGAAGGGUUCAGCUGAAGAGGAUAGAGAAUAAGAUCAAUAGACAAGUGACAUUCUCGAAAAGAAGGGCAGGUCUUUUGAAGAAGGCUAAUGAGAUCUCUGUUCUUUGUGAUGCCGAAGUUGCUCUUAUUGUCUUCUCCCAUAAAGGGAAAUUGUUCGAGUACUCUACUGAUUCUUGCAUGGAGAAGAUUCUUGAACGCUAUGAGAGGUACAAUUACGCCGAGAGACAGCUUGUUGCUCCUGACGCUGACAUAAAUGGGAACUGGACCAUGGAGUUUUACAGGCUUAAGGCUAAGAUUGAGCUUCUGGAGAAAAACCUAAGGCAUUACCUGGGAGAAGACUUGGACUCAAUGAGCCUCAAGGAACUUCAGAAUCUUGAGCAGCAGCUGGAUACUUCUCUUAAGCACAUCCGUUCUAGAAAGAAUCAACUCAUGUCCGAGUCCAUCAACGAGCUGCAGAGGAAGGAGAAGGCGAUACAAGAGCAAAACAGCAUGCUUGCCAAGCAGAUCAAGGAGAGGGAGAAGAUUCUAAAGGCGCAACAUGAUCACUGGGAGCAGCAGAGCCAUGGCCACAAUUUUCAGCCGCCGGUGGCACCGCCUCCUCCUCCUCCGCACCACCCUUUCAUGUUCCCUCACGAGGCUUCUCUUUUUCUCAACAUGGGUGGAAUGUACCAAGAAGAUCCUUCUGAGCUGAGGAGGAACGAUCUCGAUCUGACUCUUGAACCCAUUUUCAAUUGCAACCUUGGCUGUUUCACAUAAUAAUCUAUAUCUAUAUAUAUAUGUAGUAUAAUAAUAGCAAAUAGCCAUAAUUUAUUAUGACUAUCUGUUACAUUUUUACCUAUAUAAUUAUUUAUAUGUAAGUCUUAAUUCGCAUUUAUAAGUAGCAAGCUUCUUCCUAAGCUCUUGCUUUUGGCACUAUGUACGACAACAAUGUGGGAAAACAAAAUUUCUCCAAUCUUUAUCGUCCUAUUAUAUAAUUGCAA